CUCACAUUUGAUUUCCUCUUCUGCCGGUGUUUCCUCCUCAUCCUGUCACGGCAGCCAGUCAGUCAGUGAAGUGACCACAGACCACACAAUGCUUCCGACGACGGCGACCGCCUCAACGCCCCCGCCGCCACCGGCCCCGCCGCCUGGCGAGCCGCACGCGGCCCUCUUCCUCGCCCUGGGCUACAUGCGGCUGCCUGAGCUGCUAGCCUGCUGGCGCGUAUGCCGCCUCCUCGGCGAGGCCGUCGCGGGGGAUCCCCUCCUGUGGCGUCGCCUCGCGGUAGAGCCGCCGCUCAGCGGCCGGGUGACCGACCAAGUCCUCCUCAAGUUGACUGCGAGGGCGGAUGGGACGCUGCGGUCUCUCCGCCUUUUCGGGUGCCUCCACGUUUCCGACGCCGGCCUGCUUCGCGUCGUCGAGCACAAUCCCCGCGUCACCGAGAUUUAUGUGCCUGCAUGUACAGGCUUGACUGGUGAUGGGGUGGUCAAAAUUGUUCAGCUUCUGCACGAACGCAAGGGAAAUAUAAGUCGUCUCCGACUUGAUGGUAUUAGCGGGAUGAGUAAGCAUCAUCUUGAUAUUAUCAUGUCUCUCAUGUGCAAAGGUAACCCACAAGGGCAACAAGAUAGAAGCCCACUUUUUUACAACCAUAGAGCCCGUGAAGCGCUGAACACCAAUGAUGAACGCCCUAUUGAUGUUGAUGUUUGCCCUGUGUGUGCGAACGUCAGGCCUGUGUUUGAUUGUACGAGGGAUGACUGUAGGAAAGUGAGGGACAGCUUGUGGCGGUGCCGAGGCUGCUACUUCUGCUUUCCUAGAUGCGAAAAAUGUGGUGGCUGUAUCAGUCCGGAGGAUAUAGUCGAGGCUGAUCUUGCUUGUUCAGAUCUUAUGUGUUUGGAUUGUUGGCUUACGGUCCCUAAAUGCAGCACAUGCAAUCGGCCUUACUGUGAGAGGCAUGCAAAUUUGAUGGUCUCCUUGUCGAUGGCUGGCCAGUUUUCAUGCCAGCGUUGCAAGGAGCUCGAUGCAUCGCACGAGAAUCAGGAAGAUAACUAUUAGAAGUGAGCCUUCCACCCCUCUUCUGUAACUGCAAAUACUUGAGCUCGUGUGCACAGUAAGAGGCAUGGCGGCAAAGAAGGAGCUUGCCGGGGAGGAGGCGGAGGCCUUGGGGCAUGGUUGGGGUGCAGGCGGAGCGAGAGGAAGCUGCAGGGGAGCUCGGGGUGCUCGUGCAUUAGCUGCCCGCAUGGCCAGUGGCGGCGAUCGCUGGAGCUCGGCACGGUGGUUGGGAAGAACGGACGACGCCAAUGCCUGCAGGAUACCAACGCGAACCCACCGUGGGAGUCGACAAGGAGAACCGGAGCUUGUCGAAGAUGAAGGAGAACCG